CAGUUAUUACUGGCGGACAGAUAUGUCAUGUAACUGUAAACAAAACGCUCUGCGAGAGAGUUUUCUUCUUAAAACGUAAUUAAACGUACUUUGAUCCAGCGAUAAAACUCGAAUUAAAUGCUAGGAUCCAAAGAACCUCGCAGCUGCUGUCUUACGUUUUGUUAACUCUGUUAAAGCUGCUGGAAUCACAUGUGUGGUCUGUUUCCGGUGGCAUGCUGCAGUCUGAAUAAUGUGGGGAGAAAUAGAAGAUCCACCUGUUAAAACUCUCCCGACCUGGCGGGGAAGGGACAGUAAACGCAACCCUCCAGAAGACCCAGAAGACCCAGAAGAACCUGCGAGGCAGAGGUGCGACCGACCCCAGCCCGGACGGACCGCCCCCCGGCCAGAGCUGCAGGACUCCCCGCCGGAGUCCAGCGGUGAGCAUGCCGUGAUCUGGGCCGUGGCGGCCAGCGGCAGCCCUGUGAAGAGCCAGCAGGUGGGAGACGAGGAGCUGACGCUGGAGGAGCGCAGACACGAGCUGCUGCAGCAGUUCAGGAGCAAGCCGUUGGUGUUCCUGGAGAGAUACCACGCCUGUCUGAAGCCCGAGCACCUGCCUGCGUUUGCCCACGUCAGCUCAGACCCGAGAGCGCAGCACUACAGCACGGUGGUGCAGACACGAGCCGCGAGCCGCACCAACAGGACCAGAGUCAGGAACCAGCGAUACGCUGCCCUCAGGGCUCUGCAGAAGGAGGGACAGUAUUUCAGUGAGGAACAGAUGAGGAAAAGGGAACCUCUGCUCUAUGAACAGUAUAUUGGCCAGUACCUGACUGAUGAAGAGAUUCUGGUACGUUCCCAAGAAGCUUUUAUGGAAGACGCGCAGACAAACCAAGGAACAUCAGGGGGAGGGGCAACGGGAGGACUCGCCCAGCUCCUCCUGAACUCCUACGAAGAACGGCUCAUUCAAGACCGUCUGCAGGAGGAGCAGGAGAGGGAGGACGACGCCCAAGAGGAGGAGGAGGAUGAGGAUGAUGUCUCACUCUGGCGGUGUUCAUCAUGUAGAUAUCAGAGUCCAGCAGAAGGAUUGGCAGCCCACACAAGAGGAGAAGGCUCUGCUCCGGGAGGAGUUCAUCAGUCAGAUGCACCAGCGCUUCCUUGAUGGCAAAGACGUGGAUUUCAACUACAGUGAGGUGGACGAGAACCCGGACUACGACAACUUGGACAUCGUCAACAGGGAUGCUGAGGAUAAAUACUUUGAUGAAGAUGAUGAUGAAGAGGACGAGGAAGAGGAAAAUAUGACUCAGUAGUGUCUGUUCUCAUCAGUACCAAACUCCUCAGUGCUGUGAUUAAUCUGUGAAUGAAAAUGUACAAAGAACAUCUCCUUUGCUUUUUUUUUAAGUUGUCUGUGUAAACUUGUAAUAAAGAUUUGGGAUCUUU